AUGACCACCCAAUCGGACUCUCUCAAAUCCCUGCAACGCCAACUUUUCCACGCCCUCGUCGUCCAAUCCGUCAUCCCCUUCAUCCUAAUGUACGUCCCCAUCGGCAUGGCUUUCAUGUUCCCAAUGUUCAAUAUCGAGUUGAAUUUGAAGUACCCGUUCAUCGGAUUGACUAUUGCUAUCUACCCUGCCAUCGACCCUCUCCCAUCUAUUCUAAUCAUUGCGAGCUACCGGAAAGGUGCCAUCGAUUUGGUGAAGGCGCUGAAAUGCUGGAAUCGGAAAGUGGGAGUGAAUAAGAAUUCCACGAGACAAGAUUCAAUUGUUAUGUUUACGAUUGAGGCGUGA